CUAGUUUCGCGCCAGCAUUUUCGCGGGUGGUGACAACUACACUGAUAAUCGGCGACAAAUGAAACACCCCAAAUAAGAUAAUAUCGGUUAUACCUGCAGUAUAUUUGUGGCGUUCAUGGUAUACUUUUAUUUGAUCGUUUGUAUACUAACAGGAGUACUAAGCCCUAGGUGUGAGAGGAACCAGGAUGAUGGCAACGGUGCCCCUGACCAGCUCCAGUCUCCUCCCUCUGCUGGAAUCUCUGGAGGAUAUCACAGCCGGACAGCCGGAGCAGACAGACGCCUACCUCACCAUUGUCAAUCGUCUCAGUGGGGAUGAUGGAACACAGUUUCUCCCUGCCGUUGUAAAGAACUUUUCACGUUUGGGUAGAACUUUCCAGACCCAUAUCGCCAGUCAGAAUGCAGAGCUGAGCCAGGCUGCACUACAGGCCCUGGGGUUCUGUGUGUUCCAUGCCCAUGUCGUCUCAGCUAUCCCAGCUAAUUUUGCAGAGGAGCUACUGUCAGCUCUUUCCUCUCUGGUGGUGAAGUCUACAGACAAGAACACAUGCACCAGAGCGUUAUGGGUCAUCUCCAAACAGAACUUCCCUCCAGAGGUGGUGGCCAAGAUGGUGCCAGAGAUUCUUAGAACCCUGGAGUGUGUACGGACUAGAGAAGACAUCCAGUCUGUUGUCAUGGAGCAUGAGUCGUUGAAUGUUAUCAUAAGGUUGCUGGACCAGGCCCCAGCCCAGAUGGGCGAGUGUGCAGUGCAGUGGGCCAAGCUGGUCAUCCCUCUGGUGGUCCACUCAGCCUCUAAAGUGCGCCUGCGGGCGGCAGCAGCCCUGGAGAUGGGUCUGCCUCUACUAAUGGAGAAACAGAAAGAGGUGGCAGCCAUCAUAGAACCCAUCAUGUCCUCUAAACUCAUCCCAGAGCUCCAGAAACUGUUCUCUACGAAGAACGAGACCAAUGUUCUGAAACUCUGGCCGUUGUUUGUCAGGCUCCUAGGGAAGCUGCUCCAUAGAGGUGGUCCCUUCAUCAACUCCCUGCUUGGCCUGGAGGAACUGGGCUUCCGUAGCUCCUCCCCCAACAUCAAGAAGAUUGCCUUCAUCGCCUGGAAGAGCCUCAUAGACAACUUCUCCCUCAAUCCAGAGAUCCUGUGCAGUGCCAAGCGGCUAAAGUUGCUGCUGCAGCCCCUCCGCUCCAUCCAGGUGAGGACUGAGGCCCUGCUGCUCACCAAGCUGGAGGUCUGGUGGUACCUGGUGCUCAAACUGGGACCCAACCUGCCUGCACACUUUGAACAGGUUGGUGUUCCUCUCCUCCAGUGCACCCUGGGCACUGACUCUGCCUUCCCAACUACUCCAGCCCGGAGCUCCAUUCAGAACAGUGCUGUGGGGAACAGUACACACAAAACUGGUGCCCCAGCCUUCUCCAGCCCUACGGUGAUGCCCCGGCUGAGCCUGAACUGCAGUGUGGUGGCGGGCCAGGCCUACCCCUCUAUACAGCUGCUGGGAUUAGAGAUGCUGCUGCACUACUUCAUGGGGUCAGAGGUCACCGCCGCCGCUGCCAAGAACCAACUGACGCUCAGCCUGGAACCUCUGGUUCACCCUUUCCUGUCCAGCCCCCCCUCCUUCACCAAGCACGGCUCUUUGCUUAUCUCCGCAGUCCGCGACAGCUUCAUCUGCAUCGGCAAAGACGCCCCAGAUGCCUUGCUUGCCCUUAUAUGGAGGAACCUUGUCAGUUUCGUAAUCACAUCGAUUGAUGCUGCUGGCCAUAAGAAAGAGCGCCAGGGCUCUGAGCUCCUCCCCCUGUUGCUACAGGCUCUACAGAGCAUCAUCUCCUCAGAGGCCCUCCCUGCACACAGGGCUCUGAGUCUGCUGGAAAUGACAGUGAAGGGUAUCCCUCAAAGGAUACUGGGGUCUGCCUCUUACCAAGUGGGCAAAAUGGAUCUUUUGAAUGGAACCCCGGCUCUGUUCUUGAUUCUCCUGUUCUACGACAGCAGUCUGGUGGGAGGGUUCGUAGAAGAUGAGAGGUUUUUCCUGUGUUUAGAGACCCUAGUGAGCUGUGGCCUCUCCGGCCUCACGUCCCCUCUGGCAUUUGGGGAGGCGGUCCUGGGGGUGGUGGGGCGCAGCGCGGGGACUCUGGGGAAUAAGGAACAGCUGUGGAGGAUGUGGAGUGUGGUGGUCAACCCACUGACUGUUACCAUCACACAGACCAAUGAGGUGAACCAAGGGGAUGCUCUGGAGCACAACUUCAGUGCUGUUCACACUGCCCUGAUGUUCCCCAUCACACACCUGCUACCUGGCAACUCCCUGCCACAUGUGACCCAGAAGUCCAUGCUGGGUACGUGGUCCAGGCUGUAUAAGGUGUUUGCCUGCUGCUCUGCCCUGGUGGCCACGGCCGAGGAGAAUGUCUGCUGUGAGGAGCUGUGUGGCAAAAUGGCUGCCCUAUUGGACAGGAAGUCCCUGAGGGUUCCGUCGACUUUGGAUGCGGUUGCUAACAUCCUCCUGGUCAUCGUUGAGAGUUCUGACUUCUCUCCCUACACUUCACAGUUUCAACAGAAGAUGAAAUCUCCCCACACCCCUCUGGCCUGGGUGCGUAAGAAAAGCAAAGCCCUUGGGAACCUGUCGACCUUCCAGACCCUGCUGGUCCAGGCCCUGGAGGCCUUUAAUGCUGUUGAGGCUCCUGAGACUGUCUCUGAGGGUACAGGCCUGGCCCUGGUCUCCAUCCUCUCGACCCUGUUCUCUAAUCUGGCCCUGGCUACAGCCAUCCAGGAGGCCCUGGCCUCUCUCACACAGCCCCUCACAGCCCUCUAUGAACAGCCUGGGAGGACUCUAAAUGAGCAGCCGAAAUCCACCUCAAGUCUUGGAGCAAAGCUGGAGAAGCUCCUGGUUGAUGUGUUGGGCUGCCUGCAGACAUGUUCUGCCCUGGCCUAUGAUGAUGAGCUGCUGUCCCUGCUGUCCCCCCUGCUCUGUGUCCUGUUCCUCCACCGGCGAAAGCACAUCCGCUCCCUCAUCACACAGUUCUGGAACGCAACCUUCGCUAACACUUUGGUCCUCGUCUACCCAGAAGAACUUAAGCCAGUGUUGAGCCAGGUGAAGCAGAACACUCCUAUCCUCUUACCUGGCUUUCAGUCUGUUGAAGUUCCAGAUGAACUCAGUGGACAGUACUCGAGUGAGAGCUCUCAGCUGGAGACCAAGGUGAGUGGAGUGCAGGUGACUCCUGGGAUGAAGAGAGACUCUCUCCUGACGAGGGCUGGAGAGAUGGACAGGAGCUCCAAGACAUGCAAGCCUGUCUCGAUGAAGCUCGACUUUGGCUCUCCCAAGCCGCCUCGUAGAGAGGAACUGGAGGAGCAGGCCUCUAUAGACUUUGUGUUCAUCCCCCCCGAGACCAAGGAGAGAGUCCUCACCGAGCACCAGAAAGAGGUCAAGAGAACCAAAAGGGUUGACAUUCCUGCCAUGUACAACAACCUGGAUGCUUCCCUUGAUACCACGGUCUUCACCCAGUACACACAGAGUCAGGAGGAAUCACUGGACACAUUUCCAGCAGUUGAGCAAGCCGACGAUGUUGAGGUUAAAGCGGAGGUUCCAGAAGAAAACAUGGAAAUGGGGGAGGACGUUGCUGACGAUACUCAGGAAUAUAUCAGUCCAACCAACGAGACAACAGAAUCUGCAAAGGGAGAGGAAAAGCCUGCAGAUGAGUUACUUCCUGAGUCUGCAGACAUUUCCAUGGAGGAGGAUGUCAAUGAGGAUGUUUUAUUGAAGGAAGACUCUGCCGUGGAGACCAGAGAGGACACCAGCCCUGACGUCUCUGGCGGCUCUGACAUGGUCUCAGGGACGCCUCAGAAAACCAACAGUCGUCGCCAGUCUUUCAUCACUCUGGAGAAGUAUGCUGAGGGGAAGCCUGCUAGUCCUGCCAGCAUGGUGACUUUUACAGGCCCCCUCACAAGGACCGCUAACAGCCAGGCGCAGGCGGCUUCCUCUCCGGAACCACCGGCAGGGGCCGGCCAGGCGCAGGCGGCUUCCUCUCCGGAACCACCGGCAGGGGCCGGCCAGGCGCAGGCGGCUUCCUCUCCGGAACCACCGGCAGGGGCCGGCCAGGCGCAGGCGGCUUCCUCUCCGGAACCCCCGGCAGGGGCCGGCCAGGCGCAGGCGGCUUCCUCUCCGGAACCCCCGGCAGGGGCCGGCCAGGCGCAGGCGGCUUCCUCUCCGGAACCCCCGGCAGGGGCCGGCCAGGCGCAGGCGGCUUCCUCUCCGGAACCCCGGCAGGGGCCGGCCAGGCGCAGGCGUCUUCCUCUCCGGAACCCCGGCAGGGGCCGGCCAGGCGCAGGCGGCUUCCUCUCCGGAACCCCGGCAGGGGCCGGCCAGGCGCAGGCGGCUUCCUCUCCGGAACCCCCGGCAGGGGCCGGCCAGGCGCAGGCGGCUUCCUCUCCGGAACCCCCGGUAGGGGCCGGCCAGGCGCAGGCGGCUUCCUCUCCGGAACCCCCGGCAGGGGCCGGCCAGGCGCAGGCGGCUUCCUCUCCGGAACCCCCGGCAGGGGCCGGCCAGGCGCAGGCGGCUUCCUCUCCGGAACCCCCGGCAGGGGCUGACAAGGACUCGCAGGAGACUGAACAAGCAAGAUGUAGAAGCUCCAAGAAUCAGUCUUCCAAAAAUGAGGGAGAGAAACCUGAACCUUCAGAAGACAAAAAGCAAUCUGAGGUUGAGAAACCAGCUGAAAAAAGAACAAGUGAAACUGACGAGGACGACGUCAUCCCAGACACCCAGACUCCGGUGGAAAUACUGAAGGAAGUUCUAGUUCCUGCAUUUGAAGAAGUAGUAAUGGGAAAAAACAGUCAGAAAGAAGAGGAAUCUCAAGGUCCUCUGGAAGGUUCUCCCAGUUCCCAGGCCGAUCUGAGCCAAGGUGAACCAAGGCGGUCCGGAAGGCGGAGGAGCAGGCCACUGAGACCAGGAGAAGAUGCAGAGGAAUGGGAAGAGAAAGACAAACGCAGGAAGUCUCAACCCAAAGAGGCAGAGUGUCAAAUGGAUUCACCAAAGACUGCGCCCUCUCCUGUCAGUCAAGCAGACGGUCAGUCACAGGGUAGAGCCAGUAGGAGAAGUAAGCUGGCUGUUGACGUGGAGGACCGUGGAAAAGACAAGCUGAGAAAAAUAAGUCACAAGGAAGAGAGCGAGUUGAGCCGAUCAAAUUCACAGGUGGCCACGCCUUCACCUGCUGCUGAUAUCAACAGCCAAUCACAGAGUAGCACAGUAUCAAGUAGAAGGAGCAGCAAAUCAGAGGAUCUGGUCAAAGACAAACAAAAGAGAGGUGUUGCAGAGGAGGAGCUCAGUCAAAGUGACUCUCAAACGGACACCCCCCCUGCCUCUGAUAAUGAUAGCCAAUCACAGAGUAGAUGUAGUCAGAGGAGUAAGUUGGCUGUGGAAGUAGAGGAUGAUUGCAGGCAGAAACUAAGGAGUAUUAGGACUCAGAAGGUGGAGGAAAAGAAGAGCCAAAUUGAUUCACAUGUAGCCAAACCAUCUCAACAAGAGAGCCAGUCACAGGGUAGUGCAAGCUGGAAGAGCAAACCACUCAGUGAUUUGGAGGAGGUUGACUUUGUCGAUGAGGUUGACAAGCAGGAUCCUACUGAGCACGAAAGUGAUUCUCAGAUUGCCACACCCUCUCCUGCUGAUCAAACAGGAGAUGGCCAAUCACAGGGUAGAUCUAGCAGGAGGAGUAAAUUGGUCACCAAGUCAGAAGAACAGGGUAAAGGCAAGCAGAAGAGGAGAGGUGGUACAGAGCUGCACAGCCAAAUUGACUCACAGACUACACCUUCAGCCACUCCAACAGACAGCCAGUCGCAGGGUAGAGCAAGCAGGAGAAGCAAGGUUCCCAUUGAAGUGGCUGAGUCUGAGGUCAAAAGAAGCCUGCGUUUGGCCACUGAUUCAGCAGCAACACCAGAGAAGAGCCAGACUCCUUAUCAGGUCGCUCCUUCUGCCACCAGUCCAACAGACCGCCAGCUGAGGCCCAGGGGCAGAACCUGUAAAAGAAACAAGAUGUUAAAGGAGCAGGUAAAAGCCAACAACAGCCCUAACCCAACUCCUAACAUGGAGACUGAGAACUCACAGGUGACAGAUACAGAAUCCUCACAAGGAAGUGGAAGGACUAAAAGGUGCAGUGCCUCCCAGGCCUUACUAGGCUCCAACGUGGAGAACUCUGAGUCGGAUGCUUCAGAGCCCCGGGAGGAUGUCCAGAAAGGCCGGAAGCCCACGUCAGCUGGAGCGGUUCCAAGCCCUCUGGCUACAGUUGGAUCAGCAGAGCCAGGGGCUGACCAAGAGAUCCCAAUGGAUAGUUCUGAAACUUCUCUAAAGUCAGACUCGCAAAACCCAUCAAGUGAGGCCUUAGAAGUCGUCAAGAUUCCACAGGAUGUGGAGGAAGCCCUUAAAAUUGUCAACUCCCUUAAACCUGAAGUGCUAGUUUCAAGUCUUCCUGUGAUAACUAAGAAAGAUCUGGGGCAGAGGGAGACUGACAUGGGGGGUGUGGUUGAGGCAGUUGACCCCUUGGUGCCAGAGAAGUCUGAGAGUGAAAAUACUAAGCUUUCUUCUCAACAGACGGACUCUUCAGUAGAACCUCAUCUAGAACAUAUGAAAAGCCAUGAUGCGUGUAUGUCUCAACGGAAGAAGGAACGUGGACAUAAAUGGUCAAAAAGCAAAGCGAAUUUCAACACAGUCUCCUCUCAGGAGAGUGACCAUGAUGACCUAGAGUGUGACAGGCCAACACAGAUCCAAAGAAAGCUGCUCAAUGACUCUGAUCAGGCCAACUCUCUCACGCCUUCCACUGAAGGAAAUGCCAUCUCUGAAGAUGGACUAAACAAACUAUGUACCCCUCCCAUUGCCAAUGGCCUCCCCACAGAUACUUCACCUACUGAGGCAACAGAGGAGAAACUGAGUCUUCAGGUCUCUGAGUCCUCAGAGAAGGUUUUAGAUGGGCUGAAGCCUGUGGCUGUCUCCAGUGAGGAGGUGACCGAGGAGCAGAUGGGAGAACACGAGGAGAACAGACAUCCAGAGUCUGCUACCAAUGUUCUAGAGGAGGACCAACUGGAAGAUGUUGGCAGGUCUAUUGGGCAAGCCCAGUCAGGGUGUUCCAAAGCCUUAGAUAAGGAGCAACGGGAGGAGCAGUACACAUCUAUCAAAGGACAGCCAGAGGCUGACGGCACCUCUACUGGAACCAGAGAAACCCACACUGAGCCUCAGGCGGACAACAUUCAAGAUAUCGCUCCUCUCCAAGAGAGGGCAAAAACUGACAAUGUAUCUGGCCUCGAGUGUGAAGAGGAGGGUGAAGAAACCCAGAUGGCCAAUAAUGACCUAGAUCUAUCUCAUUUAAACUCUUUUACCCUUGUGCCCUCUGACCUUCACGAAGCCCCAGUGCCUCUACAUCACCCAUGUACCUCUAAAGACAUGUUGUGCCAAGACUCCCCACCCAAGCAGAAGGAUGCUGUGAUGGGGCUGGAGGUGGGCCAUAGCCCCAGCAGUGGCAGGACCAGGGGGUUGUGGUCCCCCUUGGCUUCCCCCUCCACUUCUAUCCUGAAGAAGGGACAGAAAAGACCAAUAGAAGAGGAGAGUCCUUCACCUUUCACCAAGUCUCGACGAGUAUCAUUUGCUGACCCGAUUCAACACCAGGAGCUGGCAGAUGACAUUGACCGUCGCAGCCCUGUCAUCCGAUCCAGCUCCCCAAGAAACAAAACUACCAGCAGCAGCAUCCCUCAGGCGAAGUAUAUCACAACACCAACAAAGGGAUUACUGAUCCUCAGUCCACGCAAUCUCCGCAGCCCGGGGUACAAGAGCUCCAAGAAAUGCCUGAUCUCUGAGCUGGGACAGGAGCCGAGGCCCAUCCCUAAGGACUGCGUGUACCCGGCCCUGGUCCGCUGUUCUACCCCUGUGGAAGCAGUGCUGCCUCAGAUCACCUCCAACAUGUGGCCUCGUGGCUUUGGCCAGCUUGUGCGAGCCCGGAAUAUCAAAACUGUCGGAGACCUCAGUGCUCUCACACCAAGUGAAAUCAAGAACCUUCCCAUUCAUUCCCCAAAGAUUUCUAAUGUGAAGAAAGCACUUAAAAUAUACCAUGAACAGCAGCAGAAGGGCCGUAGUGAUGAGCUGAAGAGUUUUGAGGAGAUGGAGAAGCUGACAUCUGAGCUGGAGGAGCCAACUGUUCCUCAGAACCAGGGAGAGGACAAGACUCCAAGAGAUGUCCUGGUCACAGAGUUGUUGGAUGAGCCAGUGUCCAAGGAGCACGAGAAACAUCCAGAGGAGAGACCAGACCAGAGCAGGCCUGACCACCAGAAGACUGCUGAGGGUGGUCUGCUGUUGGAGGUGGAGUCUCUGGCGGCUCAUCUGACUGGGGAGGGAUUGAGCCACUGCUCCUCUGACCAGCUGGUUCUGAUCCAUGAUCAGCUGGGAGGCAUGAUGAGGACGGUGGUGCUGCAGUUGCAGAGCAGACUACUGGCUCAGAACAAGGACAGCGGACCCUGAUCCGAACACUAGACAGUCCCAGGGUUUGGAUUACAUAUUUUGGGAAUGCCCCACGUGAAGUCUCUUGAAGAUGUCUAUUGACAACUGUGGGGGGGGCGGCACAUUGGUGUUUGAUUUCUUAGAGGUCUUGAUUUGUUUGUGGGGGCCCGGGCCCCCCAGCCCCCAUCAAGGUUUUCCCUCUCACACUCCGACUCUUUAAGAUCUAAGAGUUAACCAAGUACUACACCACAAGUCCACCAGGAUCUGUUUGGAUUGUGUUUUUAAACUCUUUUUCCUUGUCCUCUCUGAUGGCUGAGGGAGACAAUUUUAUAAAUGCUAGUUCAGGCUAAAAAGUAGUGGUGGCGAUGAGUUGUCGUGACGAGUGAAAGCGAAGCAUGGUCUCUGAUUGGCGAUACCAAGGCUUUGCCAGGAAGUGAUAUUUUAACCAUACAUUGUGGUCCGGAGGAUGGCACUUUUUACAUUGUGUACCUAUUAAAUAAAGGUUUGAAAGAUGGA